AUGAAUAGAGUAGUUAACUAAGAUAUGGAUUACAUAAAUUCUAAAUAUAUUAAGUUUACAUUAAAAAUUAUUAUUAUUAUUAUAAUAAAGACUAUUUUUGGUUUAUUUAAGAUAAAUAUCAAAUAAUUAAAUUAAGUAUGGAUAAGAAGAUUAAGCUAAAAAGGGGAAUAUUUCCAAAAUUAGACAAAAAAGAAUCUUUAUCUGAUUUUAUAGCACAAGAAGACUUGUCAGAUUUAGCAUAAGAUAAAGAAGAUCCAUAGCAAGCUUUACAGUCAUCAUCUGUCCAAGUAUUAGGAGGUCUUGAGCUUCCGCAAGAAGCAGAGGAAGCUACGCAGGCAGUUAAGUCAGCAUUAGCAUAUAUAGCAGGGAUAGAAUUAAUAGUUUUUCCUGGACAAGAUCUACAAAAUUAAUCAGAAGCCCCUUCUAAUCCUGAAUCUGUAGAAUUUGGGCAUGUUUAGAUAGCACAUACAUCUUAUGAAAUCUGCUCCCAACUUAAACCUUAUGGCUAAGUUGGAGGUUUAGGACAUCUUAGAGUACACGUGUAAAAGUAUUCAGAUUCACAUGUAAUUUAGUUACCUUUAGCAGCGAUGUAGGCUACUAAAAGCAAAAAAAUCAAUAAUUUUAAAGUCAUAUUUUGCUUUUAAUUGGUUGAAUUUAUUAAAGGUUUUUAUAUUGUGA